AUGGCUUUGACACUCAACUUUCGAGUACUGAUGAGCCUUUUAGGAGUCGUGGUCAUUCUCAACUUCAGUCAGUUUCUCGUGAACUUCAAGAAGGGAAGACCACAGAAAUACCCGAAGAUCGCUGUCUUCGAUGUCCAGGAUUCAGAGGAAGUCCUCAAAAACCUGUCGAUACCUACGUCACCGGGAAAGCGUGAAGAGCAAGGCGUGACCGAACAGAUAUCGGCAGUGGAAGAAAAGGAGACUUUCGUGAACGCAGACUACACGCCUGAAAAACGACCGGACUUAGAACCAUGCCCGCAGAUACCGCCUGGCUUAGGACCCGAAGGUCGCAUUUCCAUUAAAGAUACCUCAAUUGAAGGCGUGGUGGCAGGCGGUUACCAUAAGACUCCGUCUUGUGUGGCUCGACAGAAGGUGGCCAUCAUUGUCCCUUACAGAGGCCAUUUGAAGCAACUGAACUUCUUUCUCCACCACCUCCAUCCUUUCAUGAUGAAACAACAAGCGGAGUAUCAAGUAUUUGUCGUGGAAUACGGGAAUAAAUCAGUUCCGUUCAACCUAGGCCAGUUAUACAACAUCGGAUUCAAUGAGGCUCGAAAACAACGGGACUGGGAGUGCCUGAUCCUCCACGAACCUCACCUCAUACCGAUAGACAGCAGGAACCUAUACCGCUGCAACUGGUAUCCACGACAGAUGGCCACCGAUUUUGAAAUAUCGAAUCAGACCAGUACUCCAGCGCCAAUUAUAAUAGGAGGAGUAGCUUUGUCUGUGACUCCAGAGCAGUUUGUAAAGGUCAAUGGCUUUUCCAACCGCUUUUUGUUGCGAGAUGCUGAUUACUACGACUUCGAUAAAAGGUUACAAUGGGCAAACUAUCCGGUAGAACGAAGUGAUACAUCGAUUGGCCGAUACAGAACCUACGGUGUUGUACCAGAUAAGAUGAAUGGGUCGCUGAGUAUCGUAACAAUAAACUCUUUACACCUGGUGGACGGUUUAACUACAGUGACUUAUGAACUGGAUGGAAUUGAUUACCAGAAUCUAUACACUCACAUAAGGGUCGGUGAAGCUUCUACGGACUACAACUCCAGUGGGAAGAUGGUCGAUGCACUUUUAAGUCAAGUUUUACAAACAUCCGUUAAACGUGAAUAAAAUAUAUGUAUUGUAA